AUGUCCUACGCUGAAGCUGCCUCAUCCCAAGGACCCACCGGAUCUAAAGUCGUCGAGGACCCAUUGAAUCUGACCUCAAAUGACGUCAAGAAGGAGGCCAACGAGGCCCUGAAGAAGGCCUCGAAAGAAGCCGACAAGGUCAAGAAAGACGCUUCCAAGGCCACCGAAGACGCCAUCAAAAAGGGCAAGGCUGCCACCGACAAUGUCAAGAAGGACCUCAAGGAGUUGGAGAAGGAGUCAAGACCAUACAUUGAGCAGGCCACCAACUUCGUCAAGGAGAAGUACCAGGCUGCUGCCAACUUCGUGGGCUCUUACGUCAACAAGGACACCGCGGCUGCUGCUGGCAACGAGCUUCAAAACCCCGUUGUGUUGGGCCAGAUUGCUGUCAUUUUGGGUGGCGCCACUGCCGGCUGGUUUGUGUACUCUGAGCGUGCCAGAAUCAGAUCGGACAACAAGUACGUGGUGGGUAUUCAUGCUGCCGUGAUUACCGGUCUUGUCCUUGCCGACGGCGUGCUCUUCUCGCAGUUGUACCCUAAGUACAAGAAGAACUAA